GUCCUUGUCGCGCGCCGGAAGUCGAAAGAGACGGAUAUUCGGAUAUGCUGCGUUCCACGGAGGAUCGCGGGACGAGGCUUGCUUACAUACGUGCGUGCGUAAUCUAGCGCAAUCUUUGUGAGCCAGAGCGCGCAUUCCAUGUGCUAACGCAAUCUCGGGACGACAGCGAGCAGGUUAGACGCACGCGAUUGCAAAACACGCAUCGUGUGUGUAUUACGAUUUAUUUGGAAUUCCAUUUAUUAUGGACUUCUCCGAGAACCAGACGUCUCGCGACGUCCACAAUCGCACGUUGCCGCAAUUCUCCGAAUUACGUCCGAAUCAUUCUACCAACAGUGAAGAUGCACAGUGUCUGUUGAGUGACGAGAAGCAGCAAAGGAUGCUGUCUCAGAUCAGCAGCCAGAUCAAAGCUUAUAUCGAAAAGAAUAGUUCGAGAUAUUUCAACGCGAAUCAGACAUCGGAUCCAUUGGAAUAUGAUUUAUCGGACUCCCCUAUGCAAUUGUGCGAGAAACAGAUAAUCAAUGUUCCAAAUUUAAGUCAAAAUAAUCCGAUGCUCAGUGUGCAAUUAAAUAGUUUGUCAUCGAAUCUUAAUAAUAUGUAUCCCCCUCCUAUAUCACUACCGCAGUCUAGGAAACGAGAGUUAGAUAAUCAAUCUAGAAAGCAGAUAAACUCGAACAAGGAAUCUCAAGCUCAGUUCAAUCAACAAACAGUGACUGAGGUCUUUCAGAAAUUACAAGCUGCAGAAAUUACAUCUCUGUUAAUGGCACUGCAAGAAGCAAGGAAACCAAAAAUGACAGAAGAGGAAGUAGAGCAAACACAGAAUAACAUUUUAAAUAUACCAGAUGUUCGUAGUCUCUAUCAAAAUAGUAGAAAUUUGGAUCAGAUAGAGACCAUUAACUCAAACGAUCUAAACAAAAUUCUACAAAAUGAACAACAUGAGAAUGAAAGUAAUUUGCAAACUACUAUCAAAGUAGAGCAACAAGUACAAACCGAUUUGCCGAAAAAUGAGAAAAAAUUGAAAUUUCGAGCAAAAAUAGGCGAAAUUAAAGUAAAUCUUGGCUACAAUGGAACUACUCUUUACUGUUGUCCAGAGUGCAAUAUAGGGUAUCCAAAGAAGUCAGAUACUGAGCAACAUAUACAGGCUCAUUUACAGGAACGAAAGUAUCAAUGUAAACUAUGCGGUGCCAUGUUGAAGAGAAAAGAGCAUCUAGAUCAGCACAUGCGCGGUCAUUCAGACGAGCGACCUUAUAAAUGUCAAAUAUGCACCAAAGCGUUCAAGAGAAACGAGCAUUUAACCAGACAUUCUGUUAUUCAUUCCGGCGCCAAGGAAUUUAAUUGUACGCUGUGUCAGAAAGCAUUCUCGCGCAAGGAUCAUUUAAACAAGCAUAUACAAACGCAUUAUGGCGUUCGAAAGAAUAAAACAAAGGAAGAGCCUAUAUAUAUCAGUCAAAAAGAUCCUUUAUAUAUUAAUCAAAAAGAUCCUUUAUAUAUCAGUCAAAAAGAUACGACAAGAUUAUUUGAGAACGUUCUUGAUCCUACAGUGAAGCCGAAACAAGAAACAACUUAUAUUUUAAAAGAUAAUUCCUUACUGGCACAUGAACUCCAGAAUCUUCAAAAGCAAACUCUGCUACAAGUAUUUUCCUUUGCUAAAGAUCAAAUCGCAAGAGAGGCAAAUGAACAAGCACAGACCGACAAUACGAACGCAAGAUAUUUAAUGCCAUCUUAGUUGUAGAAGAAAUCUGCACAUAUCCCAAAGCAAUAGAUGAUGAAUAAUAAAGGCAAUUUACACUCGCCGUCGAAGCAGUUAGACUCGUUGAAGCCGUCGCAAAUAGGUAAUUCAAUUUUCGAAUUCAUAUUUUGAUACUGCGCGACUAUGAUAUAACUUUAGAUAAUUAAAAGUUUUAAUAGACCGAAACAUGAAAAUGUAUUGAAGAAUGCCUAUUGUAAAGGAAAAGAA